GGGCGGCUUCCGGGCGGGUGGUGAGAGGGCCAAGAUGGAGACGAUUCUGGAGCAGCAGAGGCGCUACCACGAGGAGAAGGAGCGGCUUAUGGACGUCAUGGUCAAGGAGAUGCUCACCAAGAAGUCCACGUUACGGGACCAGAUUAACUCGGAUCACCGCACGCGCGCGAUGCAGGACAGGUACAUGGAAGUGAGUGGCAAUCUGAGAGAUUUGUACGAUGACAAAGAUGGGUUACGGAAAGAGGAGCUCAGUGCGAUUUCGGGGCCAAACGAAUUUGCAGAAUUCUAUAAUCGGCUGAAGCAGAUCAAAGAAUUUCAUCGGAAACACCCAAAUGAGAUCUGUGUUCCAAUGUCCGUGGAAUUUGAGGAGCUGUUGAAGGCCAGAGAGAACCCCAGUGAAGAGGCACAAAAUUUAGUAGAGUUUACAGAUGAAGAAGGAUAUGGCCGGUACUUGGAUCUGCACGAUUGUUACCUCAAGUAUAUUAAUCUGAAGUCAUCUGAGAAACUGGAUUACAUCACAUACUUGUCCACCUUUGACCAACUCUUUGAUAUUCCCAAGGAAAGAAAAAAUGCAGAAUAUAAGAGAUAUCUUGAAAUGCUCCUUGAGUACCUGCAGGACUACUCGGAUCGGGUGAAGCCGCUGCUGGAUCAGAACGAACUCUUUGGAAAGAUUCAGAUUGAGUUUGAGAAGAAGUGGGAAAAUGGCACGUUCCCUGGCUGGCCGAAAGAGACCAGCAGUGCGCUCACCCAUGCCGGAGCCCACCUGGAUCUCUCAGCGUUUUCUUCAUGGGAGGAAUUGGCCUCCCUGGGACUGGACAGAUUGAAAUCUGCGUUACUGGCUUUGGGUCUGAAAUGUGGAGGGACCCUGGAGGAGCGGGCUCAGAGGCUGUUUGGCACAAAAGGCAAGUCCCUGGAGGCGCUUGAUCCUUCAUUGUUUGCCAAGAACCCAAAGACAAAAGGAAGCAAACGGGACACAGAGAGGAACAAGGACCUUGCCUUCCUGGAAGCUCAGAUCUACGAGUAUGUAGAAAUCCUUGGGGAACAAAGACAUCUCACCCACGAGAAUGUGCAGCGGAAGCAAGCGCGCACAGGGGAGGAGAGGGAGGAGGAGGAGGAAGAGCAGAUCAGUGAGAGCGAAAGCGAAGAUGAGGAUAAUGAAAUCAUCUACAACCCCAAAAACCUGCCUCUGGGCUGGGAUGGCAAGCCAAUCCCCUAUUGGUUAUACAAACUGCAUGGGCUGAACAUCAACUAUAACUGUGAGAUCUGCGGUAACUACACCUACCGGGGGCCCAAGGCCUUCCAACGGCACUUUGCAGAGUGGCGCCACGCUCAUGGGAUGAGAUGCUUGGGUAUUCCCAACACCGCCCACUUUGCCAACGUCACACAAAUUGAGGACGCAGUCUCAUUGUGGGCAAAGCUGAAGCAACAGAAAGCUUCAGAGAGAUGGCAGCCUGACACAGAGGAGGAAUAUGAGGAUUCCAGUGGGAACGUGGUAAACAAAAAGACCUAUGAAGACCUGAAGCGCCAGGGGCUGUUGUAGCCCUUUGCUCCAAGAUCUCCAUCCAGGGCACUUGGUGGAGCAUCCAGAGCCUGUUCAUUCCCCUCUCCGUGUGCGUGUUUUGUGUUCUGCAUGAACAUCCAUUUCGCAGAGCCCCUUCCUGCUGGUGACUGGCAAGCCUGGGAGAGCUCAGUGUGUUUUAUACUAAAGUGAUGCUACAAAAAAUAAAUGGAUUUUGCUGUAGGAAAUGC